AUGACUUUUUUGAAAAACAUAACAUAUAAUGAAAUUAUUGAAGGAAAAAAAAUCUUAGAUAUCUGCGAAAGAAAACUUGAAAAAUUUAGCUUUAUGGAUAAUAAAGAUUUUGAAAGUCCAGGAUUAAGAAAGUUUUUGUUGGUUUCUAAUCUAUCUAAUCUCGCCACGAAUAUCAUAAAUUCAGGAAAAGAAUAUAACUUUAGGGAUAAUAAUAUAAAACAAAAACGAGAUGAUAGAUAUAUUUUGAAGCCGAAUAUAUUCGAUGGUUUUAAUGGAUACAAGACGCGAGAUAAUACAAAAAAUAUCCAAAAUUUUGAAUACAAGACUACAGACGUAAUCAAUCCAGAUUAUGAUGAUGAUGAGGAAUUCUUAGAUGAUUUUUAUGAAGAAGAUGAAGAGUUGUCAGACGAUAAUACUGACGAUGAUGAUGAAUCUUCGCAAGAAAUUUAUGUUAUCACAAAUAGCAGCUAUGAUAACAAUAAUAAUGGUUAUCAUGAUACUUCAGAAUGUUACGAGAAUAAUGAAAAGGAAGAAGAUAGGAACGCAAAUUCUUAUUUGGAGGAUCUAAGAUUCGCCGGUCAUAAUUAUGAAAAGAUGUCAUCGGUUGUUGUGUCAGUUGCAUCAAAAAAUAUCCAUGAGAUAUCAGUUUCAAGCCACUUGGGCAAACAUAGUCUUAACUUUGAUGAAGAAAUUAUUACAAGCACAGUGGCUUAUAAGAAGGCUAAGCAUAUCUAA